GUCAGAUUGUGAUCUUAUACGAAAUUGAAGUGAAAAAAACUAACAAUGUAAAUUUGACGUUUGUUCAUUUUAUACCUUAACUCUUGCUUUCGAAUCUAUUCAACAUAAAAUCACAAGAUGAAAAUAGUUGAAAUAAGUAUGGACAAACUACUCCGCAUAUCUUUGCACUGCAAGCUGCGUUUGGUAGAAGAUGAUGAGUCUGCGAAGAUUUUCUACUCGAUCACAAAGUUGGAUAAAGAACGGGGUACCGACAAGCAGAAUUACAUUGUUAUCGACAACAGCCAGAUUCCAGCUGUGCAGAAAUUGUUAUCAGUCACUUAUCCGGAUUACAUAGAAUUGUUGUAUUUGCCCGCCAGUCAGGAGAACGAUAAUAUUAAAUUGGUUGGUGAUCUUUGGGAGAAGUGGUUGGUAGAUUUGAAAGAGCCUAUAGUUGAUCUCAGUAUCGAGGACGAUAGUGAAGAUGAUAUGAAUUAAUUCUGACUUGUAACAUUCAAUAAAUACAUCAUAAAUAUAGUGUAUUCUAUUCUGGAUGUGGUGGGAAUGGUAAAAAAGUCUAUCCCAUGCGGCAACUACACGGUGGAAGUUUCAGACAUGACAUUUCAGACGCCACCGACAUCACGUUAGGCUUCUGAUUCUCCUCAAAGGAAACUGAGAGGGGAAUUACUCCUCUAAUAAUAGCACUGACACACAAACUGGUGUUUGAAUUUACGUAAAUAUCUCAUAAAUAUUGUAAAAUUUGGACUAAUUUCUUAAAUAAAAUCAAUUGUGACGUAUAGUGUUUCUAUUUUUUCUUUAGUUUAUAAUCUAUAAAUUUUCUUGACAACUGUUUCCGUCAGAUUGAGAUCUUACACGAAAUUAAAGUGAUGAAAACUAUAAAAGCUGAUACUUGUUGUAACAACUCGGUAACAUUGUCAUAAGUGUUGUGCAAUUUUAACGUUUGUUCACUUUAUAGCUUGAUUCUUGCUUUCGAAUCUGUUCAGUUAAGACGUCAAGAUGAAAAUAGUUGAAUUAAACAUGGGCACAAGGCUCCGCAUAUCUUUGCACUGCAAGCUGCGUUUAGUGAUAGAAGAUGAUUAUUCGAAGGUUUUCUACUCGAUCACGAAGUCGGGUAAAGAACGGGAUGGCGACGAGCAAAAUUACAUUGUGAUCAACAACAACCAGAUUCCGGCCUUGCAGACAUUGAUAUCAGUCACUCAUCCGGAUUACAUAGAACUGUUGUAUUUGCCCGCCAGUCAUCUCGAUGACAAGAUUAACCUGGUUGCUGUUCUUUGGGAGAAGGGGUUGGUGGAUUUGAGAGGACCUAUGACUUCACUCAGCGGCGAGGGCGACAGUGAAGAUGACAUGAAUUAGUUUUGUGAACGUUUCCAAUAAUCAAUAAACACUUUGCUUGUGAUGA